AUGUUCGCCGCACGGCCAACAAUCGGCGUCGCGGCUGCGCGCACCGUCGCCACGGCCGCCAAAGCCGCACCGGCUCAGACUCGCUCCUUCUCUAUUCUUCCUCGCCUGCGGCCAACGUCUUUGACCUCCACCUCUGCCGUCUCCUUCUUCCGCUCGCCCAUUCUCUCCCAGAUCACAGCCGCAGCCCCGGCGCCAUCAUUACCAUCAGAUGUGUCCGCCACGGCCGACCUCGUCAGUCCUUCAUCCAUCUCCCGCCACCCAGCCCUUGCCGGCUUCGCCAGCCAGAUCCGCUGCGGCCCGCGCGCGACGAUGGCCUAUGCUACGCGCCUGAUUCAGAAGCGCCGCCACGGCUUCUUGAGCCGUGUACGCACCAAGGCCGGCCGCAAGACGCUGGCACGGCGGCGGACGAAGGGCCGUAAGCGGCUUGCAUACUAG